AUGGAUGCUAGAUUACAUCCAACCAGUGUAUUAGGUAUAAAUUUAGGUGAAGCUCAUAUUAUAAGAAAUGCAGGUGGUCGUGCCCAAGAUGCCCUUAGAUCAAUUAUUAUAAGUCAAAGAUUAUUAGGUACAAGAGAAAUUUUAAUAAUUCAUCAUACAGAUUGUGGAAUGUUAACAUUUAAUGAUUUUGAAUUAAGAUUAAAAUUAAAUAAAGAAACUAAUGAAAUUGUCGAUCAUUUAAGUUUUUUACCUUUUGAUGACUUAAGACAAAGUAUUAUUGAUGAUAUUAAAAUUUUACAAUCAAAUCCAUUAAUUUUAGAUGUUCCAAUAACUGGUUAUAUUUAUAAUGUUAAAAAUGGUUCAAUUGAAAAAGUUGAAUAG